UGAGAAAAACAGUCGUCAAAGCUAAGCCAUCUAUCAAUAGGUUGUGCAACAGCCACUGAAAUCUGAAAACAUGCCUACCGCCAGUGAAAAUGCCCUGUUUGGAAUGGGAAAUCCCCUGCUGGACAUCUCGGCUGUUGUGGACAAGGAUUUCUUGGACAAGUACGGUCUGAAACCUAAUGACCAGAUUCUAGCAGAGGAGAAGCACAAAGCUAUGUUUGAAGAAUUAGUGAAGAAGAACAAAGUGGAGUACCACGCUGGUGGCUCCACCCAGAAUUCUGUCAAAAUUGCUCAGUGGAUGAUCCAGAAACCCCAUAAGGUGGCCACUUUCUUCGGCUGUAUUGGCACAGACCACUUUGGCGAGAUCCUCAAGCAGAAAGCAGAGGAAGCGCAUGUGGACGCCCACUACUACGAACAGAGUGUGGAACCUACUGGAACCUGUGCCGCCUGCAUCACCGGUGACAACAGGUCCCUUGUUGCUAACCUGGCAGCAGCAAACUGCUACAAAAAGGAGAAGCACCUGGAUCUGGACAGCAACUGGGGCUUGGUGGAGAAAGCCAGAGUCUAUUAUAUAGCCGGUUUCUUUCUGACUGUAUCUCCAGAAUCUGUACUGAAGGUAGCCAAGCAUGCCUCGGAGAACAACAAAAUCUUUGGCUUGAAUCUGUCUGCUCCUUUCAUCAGUCAGUUCUACAGAGAGCCUCUAAGCAGCGUCAUGCCUUAUGUGGACAUUGUUUUUGGCAACGAAACGGAGGCUGCCACAUUUGCUAAAGAGGAAGGCUUUGAGACUGACGACAUCAGAGAGAUUGCGAAGAUGGUCCAAAAUCUGCCAAAAGUUAACAAGAGCAGGCAGAGAAUUGUGGUUUUCACUCAGGGUAGAGAUGACACUGUGGCAACCGUUGGUGACAGUGUGAAGAUGUUCCCAGUAUUAGAUAUUGACCAGAAUGACAUCGUGGACACAAAUGGAGCUGGAGAUGCCUUUGUAGGAGGGUUCCUGUCAGAACUGGUUCAGGAAAAGCCACUGGAGGAGUGUAUCCGCGCCGGCCACUAUGCUGCCAAUGUCAUCAUCAGGCGUGCCGGCUGCACUUUUCCAGAAAAGCCAGACUUCCACUAA